GUUCAAAAUCAGUUCGCGUACGGUCCCACUCUCUCUCCAACGCUCCCCAGACCUUUUUUUUUUUUUAUUUUCCCCCAAAUCCCUAAUCUCACGUUCUCACUUUCUCUGCCUAUUUGCACAUUAAAACCCUAUUUUUUGCCCUCGCUCUCUCUCCACCGUUCAUUUUCUCUCUCCCUCUCUCUCCAAAUUCCUUGCAAUAAGCCGAAGGCUUUUCACCUAUGGCGUCGACGGCGGCCGGAGGAAGUACCUCAUAUGGAGGCGACAGCGGCGGAGGAGGAGGAGGAGGGGCGGGAGGCAAGUAUCCCAAGGCCAAGAGGCCGUUUAAUGGGAGCGCCCGCCCGCCGCCGUACGCUCGCCCCGCCGCCCUGCGAAACCCUGGCACCGCCAACGGCUGGCUCUCGAAGCUCGUCGUCGAUCCCGCCUCCAAACUCAUCUCCGCCAGCGCCCACCUCUUCUUCUCCUCGUCCCUCUUCCGCAAGCGCCUCCCCCCCGCUCCUCCCCCGCCGCCACAUAUCCCACCACCUCCAGAAGCAAACCAAGAAUCAAGGGAUAGGUUCGAAGAGGAAGUUCUUGAUAAUCCACCUGGAGUACAAAGACCAUUCCUCAAUGACGGUGGCACAUCAACUAAUAGCGGCAAAAGUUAUGGACUUUCGGAACUUGAGCAAAUGUUGAAGCAGAAGACCUUCACCAGAUCUGAGAUUGAUCGCUUGACAGAAUUACUGCAUUCAAGAACUGUUGAUGCACCCCAGGGGGAUGAGGAUACGAGGACUGAGUUAAAUGUUCCACAACCUUUAUCAACUGCUGGAAUACGGCAUGAACUUACUCACAGUCCAAUGCAAGCAAAUGGAAUAGAGCCCCACUUGGAGAGCCAUAAAUUUCAUGGACGCAUUUCAACUCCCGGUGCCAGUUCACUAGUCCCCGAAGAGGAUGUUGCGGCACCUUCUGAGCUUGCAAAAGUAUACAUGGGCAGUAAGCCUUCAAUAGUGUCACCAUCAAGGUUUGGUUUGCGCAGCCAAGCACUGAGAGAAGAUGCAAAUGUGCUGAAUAACGGACCCUAUACUCCAAAGUCACCUGUCAUGUCACUUGUAUCGAAGCCAGCUGUCCGAAUUGGGGUUCCUGAAAAUGGUUUUAUCACCCCAAGAUCACGAGGCAGAUCGGCAAUAUAUAGUAUGGCCCGUACACCAUAUUCCAGGGUUAAUCCGACUUCUAUCCAAAAGGGUACUGGUCCCGCAUUUGAUGGUUAUGGUGGACAGUCUCCAUCCUCAUCUCAGUUUCCAUGGGAGCAUGAUGGGCUAUACAGUUCUAAACAAUUGGCCUUAAAACGUAGGAGUUCUGCAUUAGAAGAUAAUAUUGGAUCUAUGGGUCCCAUACGAAGACUUCGACAGAAAACUAAUCUCUCAACUCCAAAAAGUUUGAGCUUGCAAGCACCUGGCAGUUCUUUUUCUAGUCGUGGAGCUGGAGUUGGUCCUGAUUCUACUGAACUUCAUUUAUCUUCGGCUUAUAAGCUUCAUUCAUCAGAUGAUUCUAAGCAUAGAACAUCCAAAGCACUAGGACAAAACGAGGAUAACAGCAUGCCUUGUACAAGCUAUACCCCUGUUCCUUCUAAGUCCACAGAGAUGGCCACAAAAAUAUUGCAGCAGCUUGAUAGAUUGGUUCCAAAGGAGAAAUCGCCAGAAGGGAAGGCAGUUGCUGCAAGGGAGAAAUCAACCGGUAAGUUGACAAACUCGACAACAAAGAUGGUAAAUGGACAGGCUCUUAGAAGCCUGGAGGAUGUAGAUUCAUCAAAUAGUAUGCAUAACGAGGCGGGUACUCAUAAGUUUAAGGACAUGGGCGACACAUCUUUGUUUGAUGCUCGAGAUACUAACUUCCAAAAGCAAGAUAAAGUGGAGAAUGGCCCCAAAAUGCAUAUGGUCCCUAGUGAUGCAUUGACCCCUUCAAGGUUUGGGAACGCUCCAGUCUCAUCGAAAGAAGCUGUAGCUGCUUUUAAAAUUGUCGAGUCAGUCAGCACACAAAAGUUUGUUACUCAACCUUCUCAAUCUAAAUGGGGGUUUCAAAUGAGUGCCCAUGAGGAUUUUUUGGACCUGGAUGAUGAGAUUCGUUAUAAUAAAGCUGCAUCUACACUACUGGCUGAAGGGACUCAAAAAGUGGAGACAUCUGUGGUGGAGAGCAAGGUCUUGUCUUCUGAAGCAGUGACGGUGGACAAAACUUCUCUACUGUCAGACUCCAAACAACAUGCUAAUACCGGAUUGGGAAAAGCACCUGAGUUAGAAGCCUCUGAUGGGACCGUGAUUGGUGAUAAGAAGGCUGGCUUCACUUUCCCUAUGGCACUUCCUUCCAGCACAACUUUUCAACUUGUUAGCAAAUCAACUUCAGCAUUUGAUCAGAUUGUUCCUCCUAAGGAACCAAAUGCACCGGCUCCUUUAUUUAGUUUUGGCCCGAAAGGGGUUGGUGAAAUUCCAUCACCUUUUUCUUAUUCAUCUUCUAUCAACGAUUCUGCGGUCCUAAAAUCUAGUGCCCCAUUGGAACCACAACCAGAAAGUGCAACCAGCUUGGCCAAUGUUGCUUCUGCAACUGACACCGUACCAGGAAUUCCUGAGUCAGAUAAAGGCGGUAAUACAAACUUGCAAAAAUCUGGAGAUACAGUGGAAAAAUCAGAAGCUUCAUUUUCUUCUGCUCUUUCAACUUCAACAUCAACUGGCAACAUUUUCUCCUUCAGUGCCCCGCCCAAGAGUACAAGUCUUAAUGGUUCACUUGGUUUAAGCUCUUCCAUAUUGGCUUCACCUUCUCCAGCUCUAGCUUCCAGUAUUUUGGCGAAUAGCUUUACCACUGUGGCUUCUUCCACUUCUACCAUGGCCGCCAAUGGAACCGCCUCCAAUGGCAGUCAAUCUACCUCUGCUGCAGGACCUUUAUUUCCGACAGCCCCCAUUUUCCAGUUUGGGGCCACACCUGUAGCUCCAACAAAUUCAGUUUCAACAGUAUCGACCAUAUCCGCUGCUGAACCAAUAGAUGUGAAGGCCAAAACAGAGAAGAAGGAAACAAUCUUUGGCAACCUAACCGGCUUGCCAAUAGAUGUGAAGGCCAAAACAGAGAAGAAGGAAACAAUCUUUGGCAACCUAACCGGCUUGCCUUUUGGUAGCCCAUCUUUUGCAAUGGCAAGCACGGGAAGUAACAUUUUCGGAUUCAGUGCUCCUGCCUCUUCUUCGACUACUGAUAAUCACUCUCAGGGUUCUCUUUUUGGCACAAGUAGUGUAUCCAUGCCUUUUCAGUUCGGUUCAUCUGCUUCGUCUACAAUAUCUGGGACUACAGAGACCCCAUCUCUCACAGCUAGCACUUCUCCAUUUGGUUCUUCAACCUCUAGUGGUUCUCUGUUUGGUUUGCCAGCUCCUAAACCGAUUGAUUCAAGCUCUGGUUUUGGUCUGAGCUCUUUGGCAACCAACUCUAAUAGCUCCAGUGGUCCCACUUCUAGCUUAUCCACUUGGCAACCCCCAAAGUCUUCCAUUUUCAGUUCUACCACGGAGUCCCCAGCAACUGUUUUCCCAUUUGGUGCAUCGGCUGUUUCUGCUGCUGCUACCAACAGUGCACCUAUGGUGUUUGGUUCUUCAUCAGGUUCUCUUUUCUCAUUCACGUCAGCUGCUGCUGCUGCUGCUUCUGCCUCUUCUUCCCAAAUGCUGCCUGUGUUCGGUAGCGGUGAUCAGAUGAACAUGGAGGAUAGUAUGGCUGAGGACCAACCCAUACAGGCAUCCGCUCCUACGGUUCCAGUGUUUGGCCAAACUCCUAUCUCAAAUCCAUCUUCCGAAUUUGUGUUCGGUUCAGCAGUUCCAUCAGCGGGAAAUCCCUUUCAAUUUGGGGGCCAACAGAAUCAAAGCACCCCACAGAACCCAUCUCCGUUUCAGACAUCUGGCAGUCUGGAUUUCGCAACUGCUGGCAACAGUUUCUCAUUGGGUUCUACCGGCGAUGACAAGGCUAAUAGGAGGAUAGUGAAGGUUAAACACAGACCCCGAAGGAGGUAAAACAUUGAAUAUCAAAGGUGUUUCGUUAUUUGGAAAUGCUAUGUCAUAUGGGUCAAUAAUGGGAAGAUGAUUUUUUUUUUUGGGUUGUAAUGGUUGGAGAAUAGCGGCUGAAGUUUACCGUUGUAUCAGUUUAUUUGAGUUUGUCAAUGUUAAUCAGAUCCUUCAGGUUUUUGAAGUCUGAUGCUUGUGUCUCAUUGGCAAAAAUGUCACAAUUUUGGGUGGUGGUCUCUCUAGCGAACCCUAGGUCGGUUGUAUUGUAUCAGUAGUAGAGUAGUAGUAUUAGUUUUCUUUUUUGUACCUUAACAGGGUUAUUGGUCUGGAAAUUUGCUGUCAACUUUUCUUAGUGUACUCUGGUACUUUUACAUAAAAGAGGAAUUCCCAAGUGAGUUUCUGUUGAUA